AUGUCUAAUGAUAAUGGUGGGCAUGCAGUACCGCAGUUGACUAAUAAUCAGUCAUCAGCCACUGCAACUCUUCCUCAGUAUUCUGUCCCAGCGGCUCAAGUAGCGGGUGCAUCUAAAUAUACGCAGUUAUUAAAUAUAAUCGAAGAGUUGGGUAAAGAUAUUCGGCCAUCGUACACAAACAAUAAAUUAUCUCCACUCGUUUUUGAUCAAAGACCUUCUUCGCUCGAACUUAUUGAUAAAGAAUCUUUGUUAUCUAUUGUUGGUACUUAUCAGCUGCAAAGCGGUGAAUAUUCUGGUAGCAUAUACAAGUUACAUGGUAAUAAAUUAAUCAACGUCAUCUCUUUAAAUGGGGGUGUUUUUCGCUUUGUUCGCUUACUCGAUGGGCGUAUUGUUGCUGCUUUAACUACGGGAUCUAUUAAUAUAAUCAAUGAUAGUUUGAAUGAUGUGAAAACUAUACCAAUAAUUGAAAAAGUGACACUGCUAUCAGUUUCCAUUUGUGGUAAUUCCGUACUUUGCUCUGAUGCUUGUGGAACAAUACAUACAGUUGAUUUAGAAACAGAAAAUGUACAUUCAUUUUUGGCACAUGUUUCACCGUAUACAAAAAAUCCUUGUGAAGUCUGGACGACUUUAUGGCUCGAUUCCAACCGCAUUUUAUCAGGUGGCGAAGACAAUACAUUCAAAUUAUGGGAUUUGCGAUCAAGUUAUAACCGACCAACUAGUAUUAACAAAAUGCAUAAUUGUGGUGUAAUUUCUUUAUUUAAAGAAAAUUUGGAGAGCAUUAUUAGUGGCUCUUACGAUGACUACUUGCGCCGUAUCGACCUUCGAAACUUUGAUUCUGCAGUGUGCGAGAGACAGAUGAACGGUAGUCCAUGGAGCAUACGUACUGUUGACGAACGUUCAUAUAUUCUUUCGUGCAUGUAUGGUGGAUGGGCAAUAGUGAAGAAAGAAAACUUCGAUAUUAUCCAUGAAAACAAAGCUCUCGGUGAGGCGUUGUUGUAUGAUGCAGAUUUUUCAUCACACGCCUCUUUAGUGAUUUCUUGUACAUUUAACAAUUAUGCAGUGAAUUUUGAUGUUUGUAAGUUUUUAGGCUAGCC